AUACCUGUCUGAACAGGGAGCGCCGGAGCGCUGUAGGGCAGAGAAGAGACAGAAUCAAACAAAGAAGCAGGGCUGGGUGGAAAACAAACGUAAGAAUAGGGAGUGUGUGGCAAACGUAUUUAAGUGGAGAAAACAGGAAGAGAGACUUUUGCUUUUUUUUUUUGCUUUUUUUUUUUCCUCCUCCUCCACUCGCCACUGGGCUGCUGCCUCGACUCUCAGUGACCGGUGGCUAUUUUGGUCCGUCAGUGUCGCAGUGGUUUAGGAUGGAUGCCAUCAUGCUGCAGGAGAAACUGGUGGAACGGCUUCUGUGCCCACGAGUGAGAACCGCAAGGCAGAAGGAGAAACAAUAUGUGGGCUUCGCUACCCUGCCUAACCAGGUCCACAGGAAGUCCGUAAAGAAAGGCUUCGAUUUCACCCUGAUGGUUGCAGGAGAGUCUGGUAUGGGAAAGUCGACUCUGGUCAACAGUCUUUUCCUCACAGACCUCUACAAAGACAGGAAGUUACUGAACGCCGAGGAGCGGAUUAACCAAACUGUAGAGAUCAUCAAGCACACGGUAGACAUCGAGGAGAAAGGGGUGAAGCUCAAGCUUACCAUAGUGGACACGCCGGGGUUCGGAGACGCCGUCAACAACAACGAGUGCUGGAAGCCAAUCACAGACUAUAUCGAUCAGCAGUUCGAGCAAUACUUCAGGGACGAGAGCGGGCUGAACAGAAAGAACAUCCAGGACAACAGAGUCCACUGCUGCCUCUACUUCAUCCCUCCAUUUGGGCACGGCCUGCGUCCCGUGGAUGUGGAGUUUAUGAAGGCUCUCCAUGAAAAAGUGAACAUCAUUCCUCUUAUCGCAAAAGCCGACUGCCUCACUCCCAACGAGAUAAAAAAGCUUAAAGACAGAAUACGGGAGGAAAUAGACAAGUUUGGGAUCAAAGUGUACCAGUUCCCUGAAUGUGACUCUGAUGAGGACGAGGAGUUUAAACAACUGGACAAAGAGCUGAAGGAGUGCACGCCGUUCGCCGUGAUCGGCAGCAACACUGUGGUGGAGGCCAGAGGCCAGAGGGUGAGAGGUAGACUGUACCCCUGGGGGAUUGUUGAAGUGGAAAACCAGUCGCACUGUGACUUUGUGAAACUGAGGAACAUGCUGAUCCGUUCGCACAUGCACGACCUUAAAGACGUCACCUGUGACGUCCACUAUGAAAACUACAGAGCGCAGUGCAUCCAGGAGAUGACCAGUAAACUGGCUCAGGACAACCGGAUUGAGAGCCCCAUUCCCAUCCUGCCACUGUCCACUCCAGACGUGGACACUGAGAAGCUAAUUAAGAUGAAAGAUGAGGAGCUGAAGAGGAUGCAGGAGAUGCUGAAUAAAAUCCAGCAGCAGAUGCACGAUAAGGAUCAGUGACAUUUCCAGAGGCAGCGCCACGUGCUGUUUCUCUCCUCUACGACCACGAGACCUUCACACCUGGAUUUGGAGUGCUCGGAGCGGCGACUCUGGCUGACUCUGCAUUUCUCUUCAGUUUGGUGCUCCAUUUUUGUCUGUUUGCCUGGAGGUCGUUCAUGUUUUCAAAUGUUGAGCCCCUCCGGCUGUGAUAUCAACUCAUAUAAUUUUAAGAUAUAAUUUAAAUAACUUCUCCGUAUCUAAUUUAUAACGCAGUGCUUAACUUUUUUUUUUUUUUUUGGGGGUAUAAUGUGAGAUGUUUUGUAAAGACCUGUAGGCUAAUGUUUAGAUUUGAACAUGGGUGUUGUUUUGAUUAUGCAAUUCUGUGUUGGAUAUCAUGACAUUUCUUUAGCUCCAGUUUUCCGUCCAUAAAACUCCUUAUUUUCCCCUCUCCUACGGACGUUCUAACUCAUUGAAAUCUAAAAUUUGCCGUGAAUUUGUUCUCUAACAUUUAGAAUUUCUAAUGGUCAGUAUAAGCAUCCUCUUCCAGCAAGUUUUAACACACGGUUUGGGUUGAAGAUGCACUCAUAGCCAACGGCUAACGGCUAAAAUAAGGGUUUGUGCAUUAUAGAGUGCAUGUGUGUGCAUGCCGUCAUUACUCAUAUCUCCUGGAAGCUUUGGGCCUAUUUUUUACUGCUUUGUAGCUGAGUCCGUGUGCUUGUAUUUAAUGCAUCCAGUGUGCAGUUUGCAUCGUCGCCACUACACUACGGAAAAUAAGUAACGAGGAGCAAAUACGACGUCUCUGCUUCUGUCCUAAACUUAUCUCCCUGGAUGUGAAUAAAGCCAUUGAUGUAGUGAAACCUCCAUGUGAGUUAAGACUGCAGAGUGUGUGCAGGUGACUGUGUGUGUGCGUGUUUGUGUGUGUGUGUGUCGACCUUACUGCUGCUGAUGACAGCCCUGAAGGCUGUGAGCUCAGUCUUUGUGUCCCAUUUUUGCAAAGGUGUGAUUAAUAAACUCCUCUUCUUGGCAGCCUG